AAGGGGGGACCCCUGGUUUACCUAUUUCAGUAAAGUCUAUGAUUGGUUCGAAGAACGUCUUGAGAUUCAGGCCAUUGCCGAUGAUAUAACUAGUAAAUAUGUCCCUCAUCAUGUUAAUAUAUUUUAUUGUUUAGGAGGAAUUACACUUACUUGUUUUUUAGUGCAAGUAGCGACGGGUUUUGCUAUGACUUUUUAUUAUCGUCCAACCGUUACGGAGGCUUUUGCUUCUGUUCAAUAUAUAAUGACUGAGGCUAACUUUGGUUGGUUAAUCCGAUCAGUUCAUCGAUGGUCAGCAAGUAUGAUGGUCUUAAUGAUGAUCUUGCACGUAUUUCGCGUGUAUCUCACUGGUGGUUUUAAAAAACCUCGUGAAUUGACUUGGGUUACAGGUGUAGUUUUGGGUGUAUUGAUUGCAUCCUUCGGUGUAACUGGUUAUUCUUUACCUUGGGACCAAAUUGGUUAUUUGGUAGUCAAAAUUGUAACAGGUGUACCCGACGCUAUUCCUGUAAUAGGAUCCUCGGUGGUAGAGUUAUUGCGCGACAAUGCUAGUGUGGGACGAUCUACCUUGACUCGUUUUUAUAGUUUACAUACUUUUGUAUUACCUCUUCUUACUGCCGUAUUCAUGUUAAUACACUUUCCAAUGAUACGUAAGCAAGGAGUUUCUGGUCCUUUAUAGAGAAUAUGAAUCAUAGAUAUUUGUAAUCAAUCAUUUUGGGGAGGAGUCAUAGUAUUUCAUUGUUACAAAUAUGCAUUUUUUUUAAAUAAGACAUGUAUUUGGAUAUUUCCCUUCAACUUAACAGAAUCAAUUGGAUUCUUUAUUUGACAUACACGAAUAGUUGAAGGGAACUCUCGGAAAAAAGAAUGGAUUAU